CCCUAAGCUUUCCGCUCCGUUUCUCGGCCUCGCCCCGUUUAAUGCACUCUUUGUAUAUCCCAAGCUCUUGAUCUCUCUCCUUGAUUGCAAACAUGCCUAUUGUAGGCUCUCCUCGCACUGGGAAUACUUCAACUUUAGGUUGUUCAACGUACCUCAUGUCACUUUCGGACGUUGGUGCUACUACUACUCGUAUUUUUACAGACACGUUCCCCGAAAUACCUUCGAGACCCUCGAGCUUGAAUGCACCGCCACUUACAACUAUAUAUACUCCUCCCCCCCAAUGUCUUGAUAGGUGGAUGCUAGAACCUCCACGAACGAUUGGAUGUGGGAAUACGGAGAUUCCACCAUUUACUGUUUUCAGUGUUGAUCCUUCAAAGUCCAUUGUCUCUGAUCCUUCGUACAAAGACUGUCAGCUGUAUAAGACUCCAACUUACAGCCCUGGCAUAUGUCCUCAUGGACAAACUAUUGCGGGCGUGACUGCAUUCCAAUCGAAUGUCUCCACCGGCAUUCACACAUUCUGGCAAGCAAGCUGCUGCAGAAGGUUUGUUAAUCGCCUUUGCACCUCUUUAGUCAUAAUCCUUGUACUAAUAGCUUGUUGUCAGCGGUAUGACAUUUGAUCCUGGAUAUCCACGUGGUUGUCUGAGUCAUUUUUCGACGGCUUUUCGCGCGUAUGCUCCUAUCACCACAACUCCCGCAUACAGUGGCGCGACCGUCACCCCGGUGUACGAAUACACGUCUUGGUCACCCCCUAGCGGCGGGUCUCAAG